ACCAUAUCGUAUAGUGUAGCCCGUAAGGCACAUGUUUGAUUUCUAGCAUAAUAUUUCAUUUGGUGCUCAGAAAGGCACGUGUUCCUUGAGUAACAAUAACAAUUUUUGACUAUACAACCAUUCGUUAAUGUCAAUUACUUCAAGUUGUUGUGUUUGAUAGAUUUUGUUUCUGCUCAUAAUUUGCUUUCAUAAUGGUUGUCUUUACUUGUAAUCAUUGUGGAGAUUCUUUACAAAAACCCAAGGUUGCCAAGCACUAUCAAUUUGCUUGCCGCAAAGGCAUAUUUCUUACCUGUGUCGACUGUCAUAAAGAUUUUUAUGAAGAUGAGUACACUGCACAUACAAAGUGUAUUACAGAAAAUCAACGUUAUGGUGGAAAAGAUUAUGUUGAAAAACCUAGUUGCAAUAAAGGAGAAAGAAAACAGCAAGCGUGGUUAGAAAUUGUACAUAAUGUGCUAACGAAUACUCCUAAUCUCUCAGGACCUGAAAGAAAUUUUUUGAAUUCCAUUUCAAAACAUGAAAAUCUACCUAGGAAGAAACCAAAAUUUUUAAAUUUUAUUCGUAGUGCAUUUGGUAAUCGUUUUAAUAUGGCAGUUGUUGACUCAACAUGGACUAAAAUGGAAAAUGCAUUUAAAGAAGCAACAGCUGAAAAGACUGUAACUUCACAACAAAAUAAUGGUGCGCAAAUCCAAGAAGAUAAACAAGACAAAGUAGAGAACUCCAAAGAUAAAGAUAACAAAAAAGAGAAAAAAGAAAAUAAAAUACUUGCGACUGAAAAUGACAAUACUGAGUUAUCUCAAAUCAGUAACGGAGUUGAAAGUGAAAAUGUAAAUGAAGUUGAAAAAGAGAGUAAGAAGAAAAAUAAAUCUAAAAAGAGAGUGCUAGAAAAUAAUGAAAAUGAAAAUAGUGAGCCAUUGAAAAAGAAAAAAUUAGAAAAGGAGGCUGAAAAUAUUUCUGUGAAUGAAAAUGACAAAUUUAGUUGGAAAAAUAGCAUUUUAGAAAUAUUAACAGCUAAAGGUGAAAUUACCAAAAAAAAACUAAAAAAGAAAGUGAUUGCUCUUUAUUUAGAACAAUUUCCAGAUGCUACAAGUGAAUCAGCAGACUCUAAAUUUGAAAAAAAACUCAGUAAAGUGUCAGGUAUUUCAAUUGCAGACAAAAAAGUUACUUUAACAGAAGUAUAACUUAUCAUAUUAAUUAUAUUAAUUAUACACUCCAACAUCGAGAAUAAAAAUCCAUAUACAAAAUAAUUUCUACCUUAUAAAUAAAAGGUAUUUUUAUAAAA